CAAUUGUGUCAACAAACGCAAAGCCGCAAAACGAAAAAUACUUUUAGAUUUAGUUUAGUAACAUUGUUAUAGGUUGUUGUAUAUUUCACUGUAAAUAAUAACUAUAAGUUACUCGUAGAUUAUACAAAUUAUUACUCAUCUUAAAGACAUCGUUAAAUUGUUAGUUUGAUAGUUUACGGCGUCGAUUCAAAAUGUCUGGAAGAGCGAAAAAGGCUAGCGCGCCGAGAAAAAAAGCAAACGGCUAUAAAAUGCCCGCACCGAUUCCUUUAGGUGAAGUAAUUCAUGACACCAUAGCUAAAAAGAAAUGGCGCAUCGGUCCUUCUAUAGGAGUUGGCGGGUUUGGUGAAAUUUAUUCAGCUUGUGAACAUGAGGGGUCGCCUAAAAAAGGCGCAAAUUAUCCCUAUGUCGUCAAAAUUGAACCACAUGAGAAUGGUCCACUAUUUGUGGAAAAACAUUUUUAUAUACGAAAUGCCAAUAAGGAUGACAUUGCCAAAUUUAUGCAGAGUAAGAAAUUGUCAACAUUAGGUAUGCCAUCUUACUAUGGUAAUGGGUCACAUGAUUUCAAAGGAGAGAAAUACAGGUAUUUAGUACUGGAGAGGUAUGGCAAGGACCUUUGGAGUUUGUUCAAAGAGUCGGGGCGGUCAUUUCCUGUGCCAACUGUCUUCCAAAUUGGAUUACAAAUGUUGGAUGUGCUGGAAUACAUACAUAGUAAAGGCUAUGUCCAUGCAGACAUAAAGGGAGCCAAUAUACUUCUUGGUCUAAAGAAAGGCACAGAGAACCAGGCGUAUCUUGUAGACUUUGGUCUCGCUACACGAGUGAAUGAUAAAGAAUUCAAACCGGAUCCCAAAUGUGCACACAAUGGCACCAUUGAGUACACCAGCAGAGAUGCACAUAUUGGAGUGGCGACAAUGCGUGGUGACCUGGAGAUUCUGGGCUACAACAUGCUGCAGUGGAUAGUUGGGGAGUUGCCGUGGGAGAAGCACCUCAAGCAGCCCAAGACUGUGCAGACCAUGAAGGAGACCUUCAUGAAGAAUGUCCGCAGUGAAAUCUCCAAAAACUAUCCCAAUGUACCUGAUGCAUUAAUUAAAUUCUUUGAAUAUAUCAAUUCACUCAAGCCAAAGGAGCAAGUUAAUUACACAAAAUGUCGACAAAUAUUAGAAAACUACCUCAAAAGUGAAGGAAAAACAAAGACAAGUAAAUUGGAAUUCAAAAAUACAAAGAAACGAAAAGGUAAAAAUGAUACUACUGAAGACACAGAUGAGGUUGAUGGAGAAGAAAUUGAAGAGGUAGAAAAGAAGGAAACUAAAAGAAAGAAAGUUGUCAAAAAAGUAGCCAGCCGAACAAGGAAAGUUGAAAAACCAGUUGAAUCUGAAACAGAGGACUGUGAAAACGAGGAACCCGUAGAAAAGCCGCGAGCGAAGAGAACAUUAAAGAAACCAGUUAAGAGGAAAUCUUUGGAACCGUCGCUAGUGAUCAAAGUGAAGAAAACUAAAAUGACACCGAAAGCAACACCGCCCGCUAAAAGGAACCACGCUAACAUGGCGACACAGACCUCAACUGAGCGACCCAAGCGCAGCCCGAGGCAGGUCUCCUUCGAUAGUCCUAUCUGUGAAAUCAUUGGCAGUAACAAACCGUUCAGUGCAGCAAAAGAUAACAAAUCUGCGGACUCCAGCGGAGAUAUAUUUGAUGAUUCUUUUACGUUAGAAGGCAAAAAGACUAAACCAAAGAAACGGCUUUGCUCCGAUGAAGAGAUUUCAGUCACCAGAGUAGUUAAGAAGAAAUUGACGGUAAGGAAAGGUAGGUCGUGGAAAGACACUCCGGCAGUUCUCAACGGAAGAUCACCACCGAAAUAAUGUUACAUGUACCUGUUUGUAUUCACUUGCUGUGAAAUCAAGGUAGAGAAGUUAACACACUCAAUUUAGGCAUAUCAAUUAGAAUUAGGUAUUUUAUUAAAAAUAAUGCAUUUAGUUUUGAAUACAUAGUGAUAACAAGCAAUAUAUCUUUUAGAAGUCUUUAUACAGCUAUAAUUACAGCAAGAGGAAGUAUUAGAAACAGUCAUAUGUGGAUAGAAUUUUAAGUAAGAUAUUGAGGUACUGAUGAAUCCAGUUAUGAACCGAUUAAAAGUUUUUUUUAAGUGAUUUACAUAAACAUAGGAAUAAUUGGUUACCGAUGAAUAAAUUUGUGUAUGGAAUGUGCUAAAAGUUUUUAAUUGGA